AUGGUAGCCUCACCGGGGUUUUUAGGCUCUGACGAGGUAUGUCGGCCAACCUCCAAGGUUUCCAACGGUCAUACUUAUAGGGAAGAUUGGGGAAUCCUUCUGAGGGAAUCCAAGAUGACCCUUCGACGAAAAUCUGUUAGGGUUUUCUUUCUCAAAUCCCAGAUUUCAUGGGUUGAGCGAAACCGAAGAUCGCCUGAAAAGAUCCUCUCCACAAAAACUUGCUUUGUCUGUAAAAGUUGCUGCUACCAACUCUGCCUUAUGUUGGGAGUUUUAUUGCUUACUGAUUGCAGUAAUUCAGGUUGUGGUUGUGGAUCUUUAGGCGUCCUGUUAUUGAAGAUUUUGAAUAGCAUGGAUGUCGUGACAUGUUUCGGAAGACACCUCCUUUGGUAUGGAAAUCAAACUUGGAGUCGGAGAUGUUACAAAGGAUAUCCAACACCUGGGAACUGUGCACAACUAUUUCAACCAUGGAUCACCUAA